GGGGCAGGGCGAGUCAGCGCCCAGUUUACAGAGGCCAAUCACGGGUUGGCUCCGACGCCUCAACCUCCAACCUGAUCAUGGCACUACCUCUCCGGGCAUCUACUGAGUCAUUGUUGAAUAAUUUCAGGUUUCACGAGACAUCGGUGAGCUCAGGUCCGGCUCUAAGUCACUCCCUAGGCAACAGUUCUCGUACGGCUGUAUAUUUCCAGCUCUCCACGCUAGCUCAGUAGGUCUCUUCUUUUCAUUCAGCAACUGCAAUGUUCGCCACUCUGUAUCUGCGCUUGCCAACAUCCAAUUCAUUGGACAACACUAACGUACCCCGCCUAACAUUAUCUGGCCUCAACGACGACGUUCUCCGCGAGAUACUCGAUCACCUGUCGGUCUCCGUCACUACAAAUUAUUCAUUCAGCAGACCACCCACCACCCUAAAGAAUCUAUCCCUAGUGAAUCAUCGUCUGCGGAAUCUCGUUGUCCAACAACUGUUCCAGAAAGUUACAAUAUGCCUAUCUAGAGCACAGCUUCGAGAUUCCAAGAAUGGUGACUGGGACACCGCUCGCCGCGCCAUUACAACCUUGACUAGUAACAUCAUGGUGCUAUCCGUAAUCAAGAUUCUGAAAUUUGAUAUAUACGGCAACGGGGAACCUGAGAGGCCAGUAUCAGAUCAUAACAUGCACAAUCUUGUUACCUUCCUUACCUGCCUUCCGAAUCUCGAGAACUUAUCUAUUCACAUCCCCAAGCCGCACAUUCCAGCCUUCCAAGCCGCCUUUAGAACCUUCGACUCCGCUUCACCUUUCAUCUUUCCUAAUAUCAAGACGCUCGUAGCCCACCCUCUCUCUGUCUUCCUGAUUGACAGGUGCCCGAAUGUGGAGAGAGUAGGACUACAAUCCCCCCAAUGGUGCCGCACUACCGGCUCAUACGACCCCAGCGACGUCGUAGAGGCAUUGCGAGGUGACCUCAAAUUUAUUGGGAAGCGUGCAAAACAUAUCAAACAUUUCGAAGCUCGUUCUCGCUGGAUGUUUUACGAGAUCUAUGAUCUCGCGCACGCCUUCCCAAACCUCGAACGCCUGAGUAUGCGAUCAUACGGAGGGGAGUAUUGCUCGGGGAUAGGCGAUAUUAUGACGGCUUUAGGAGAGAAUUUCAAGACGCUGAGGCGAUUGGAUAUUGACGAGGCAGGCAAAUUACGAUUAGGCUUCCAUGGCUGGCCUCCCUGUGGUAACAUGUUCAUUGGACCUCAAGGGCAGGAAGCCUACGAGGAGUACAGUACAGCAGAAAAGAGGGCUGAGAACAGAGCCGCAGAGCUCGCCUUUCGGAAUAUUAAGAGUUUGAAAGAGCUGUGGGUCGGCGACUUUGCCGUUGCAAGGAAAGUAGGUGAAGAAGCAGAGAUGAAGUGGGAGUGGACGACGAAUUAUGAUAUGGUUAGGGGAGAGAUAUCAAGGUAGGAUUUCGGCUUUCACUUCUAACCAAUACCUGCUCCAAUGAUGAUACCAUUGGCUCAAAUGUAUUCUAGCAAUACCCUCACUUUAGUCUAAGUUCUAUCAUUUUUUGCUGGAUAAAAAAUAGAAACACUUGAGUGCGAAAAGGAGGUUAGGCGACAACUGCAAAGACUCAACACGUUUGAAACUCUAGAGCAGACAGAGUAGAAUUUGAGGAAUCGAGUGAUUUGAUUCCAAUGCUCUUUGCCGUUGAGUCACAUGGCUAGCUUAGCGUAUCGGCCUUGCUUGGAGC